AUGUUGAGAGCAUCUUUUUCACAGUGCGGCAAGCGCCUGGCUACUGCUGGGUCCCGCACCAGCUUCUCCUCCCUUGCUAGAAGCACCAGACCUGCUGUCGCUCUGACCCAGACAAGGAGAGACCUUGCUGUUAGCCAGUUCCGCAGCUAUGCUGUCGCUGCUGAGGACACCAACAAGGGCGUCGACCCCAACGACUCGUUCCUCCAGGGAAACACUGCCAACUACAUCGACGAGAUGUACAUGGAGUGGAAGCGUGACCCCAAGUCCGUCCACGUCUCAUGGCAGGUUUACUUCCGCAACAUGGAGAAGGGCGACAUGCCCAUCUCUAAGGCCUUCCAACCCCCACCUACCAUUGUUCCCGCUCCCGAGGGCGGUGCUCCUGGAUUUUCUCCCACUGCCGCUGCUGGUGUUGGCGACAGCGACCUGACCAACCAUCUCAAGGUACAGCUCUUGGUUCGCGCCUACCAGGCCAGAGGUCACCACAAGGCCAAGAUCGACCCUCUUGGUAUUCGCAACGAGGCCAGCCAGUUCGGCUACAGCAACCCCCGCGAGCUCAACCUCGAGCACUACAACUUCACCGAGGCCGACAUGGAGCAAGAAUUCAGCCUUGGUCCCGGUAUCUUGCCUCGCUUCGCCACCGACGGUCAGAAGAAGAUGAAGCUCAAGGACAUCAUUGCUGCAUGCGAGCGUCUCUACUGCGGUAGCUACGGUAUCGAAUACAUUCACAUUCCUGACCGUGAGCAGUGCGACUGGCUCCGUGCUCGUAUCGAGGUUCCUCAGCCCUACAAAUACUCUGUCGACGAAAAGAGACGCAUUCUGGACCGUCUGAUCUGGAGUUCUAGCUUCGAGAGCUUCCUUGCCACAAAGUACCCUAACGACAAGCGUUUCGGUCUCGAGGGUGGUGAAUCUUUGAUUCCUGGAAUGAAGGCUCUGAUUGACCGCAGUGUUGAUUAUGGUGUCAAGGACAUCGUUAUUGGUAUGCCUCACCGUGGUCGUCUUAACGUCCUUUCCAACGUCGUUCGCAAGCCCAACGAGUCUAUCUUCAGUGAAUUCGCCGGUUCUGCUGAGCCUGCCGAUGAGGGAUCUGGUGACGUGAAGUACCAUCUUGGUAUGAACUUUGAGCGCCCCACUCCUUCUGGCAAGCGUGUGCAGCUGUCUCUGGUCGCCAACCCUUCGCAUUUGGAAGCCGAGGACCCCGUUGUUCUCGGAAAGACCAGAGCCAUUCUCCACUACAAUGGCGACGAGAAGGAGGCCAACUCCGCCAUGGGUGUCUUGCUCCACGGUGAUGCUGCCUUCGCUGGUCAGGGUAUUGUCUACGAAACCAUGGGUUUCUACGCUCUUCCCUCGUACCAGACUGGUGGUACCAUUCACAUUGUCGUCAACAACCAGAUUGGUUUCACCACUGACCCUCGUUUCUCCCGUUCUACCCCCUACUGUUCCGACAUUGCCAAGGCCAUUGACGCCCCUGUCUUCCACGUCAACGGCGAUGAUGUCGAGGCCGUCAACUUUGUUUGCCAGCUCGCUGCCGACUGGCGUGCCGAGUUCAAGAAGGAUGUUGUCAUCGACAUUGUCUGCUACCGCAAGCAGGGUCACAACGAGACUGACCAGCCUUCAUUCACUCAGCCUCUGAUGUACAAGCGCAUUAACGAGCAGAAGCCUACCCUGGACAAGUACAUCAACCAGCUUAUCGAGGACAAGACCUUCACUAAGGAUGAUGUUGAUGAGCACAAGAAGUGGGUUUGGGGCAUGCUCGAGGAGUCCUUCGCCCGCAGCAAGGACUACCAGCCCACCGCCAAGGAGUGGUUGACCAGUGCAUGGAACGGAUUCAAGAGUCCCAAGGAGCUUGCCACUGAGGUUCUGCCUCACCUCCCUACCGCCGUCGAGGCCGACACUCUCAAGCACAUUGGUGAGAAGAUUGGAACUCCUCCGGAUGGCUUCAACGUUCACCGCAACCUGAAGCGUAUUCUCAACAACCGCACCAAGACCGUCAACGAGGGCAAGAACAUCGAUAUGAGCACUGCCGAGGCCCUUGCCUUUGGUACCCUUUGUAUGGAGGGUCACCAUGUUAGAGUUUCGGGUCAGGAUGUUGAGCGUGGUACCUUCUCCCAGAGACACGCCGUUGUCCAUGACCAGGAGAGUGAGACCACCUACACUCCUCUUCAGGACCUUGCCAAGGACCAGGGUAGCUUCGUGAUUUCCAACUCGAGUUUGAGUGAAUACGGUGUCCUCGGCUUCGAGUAUGGUUACUCGCUCUCCUCUCCUUCUGCCCUUGUCAUGUGGGAGGCCCAGUUCGGUGACUUUGCCAACAACGCACAAUGUAUCAUUGACCAGUUCAUCGCCUCUGGUGAGGUCAAGUGGCUCCAGAGAUCUGGUCUCGUCAUGAGCAUGCCUCACGGUUAUGACGGUCAGGGUCCCGAGCACAGUUCCGGCAGAAUGGAGAGAUUCUUGCAACUCUGCAACGAGGAUCCUCGUGUCUUCCCUGCACCCAACAAGCUCGACCGCCAGCACCAGGACUGCAACAUGCAAAUCGCAUACUGCACAACACCUGCCAACCUCUUCCACAUUCUCCGUAGACAGAUGAACAGACAGUUCAGAAAGCCUCUGGUUCUCUUCUUCUCGAAGUCUCUUCUCCGUCACCCUCUGGCCCGCUCAUCCAUCGAGGAGUUCACUGGCGAUUCGCACUUCCAGUGGAUCAUCCCUGACCCUGCUCACACCGAGGGCGAGCACCAGAUCCAGCCCAAGGAGGAGAUUGAGCGCGUCAUCCUCUGUACUGGUCAGGUCUAUGCUGCUCUUCACAAGUACCGCCAGCAGAAUGGCAUCACCAACACUGCCAUUACUCGUAUUGAGCAGCUCAACCCCUUCCCCUGGGCUCAACUCAAGGAGAACCUCGACUCCUACCCCAACGCCAAGAACAUCGUCUGGGCCCAGGAGGAGCCUCUUAACGCAGGUUCAUGGACCUUCACACAGCCUCGUAUCGAGACUCUUUUGAAUGAGACUGAGCACCACAACAGAAGACACGUUCUCUAUGCUGGCAGAAACCCUAGCGCCAGUGUCGCCACUGGUCUCAAGAGCAGCCACGUGAAGGAAGAGCAAGACCUUUUGGAAACCGCUUUCAACGUCAAGCAAGACAAGCUCAAGGGCGAGUAA